AUGAUCGAGAUAGAGAAAUCCUUGCGACAAAUCCUGGAUAGUAUACCAGGGACGAACACGAUUUUCCUCACAGAUCGUGAUGGAGUCAUAGUAUUGAGUGUUGGGGAGGAAUUACGGUCCAGAGCUUCGUUGGUGUCCAGCCUACAAGCCACUCAAGAUCAAACUGGAAAGCUGGUUAUGGGUCCUCACCUUGCUUCCGUGUUCUUUUACGAAAAUAGCCAACUUGUCAUUCUGAAUGUUCCACCAUUUACGGUUUUCGUAGUGGCUGUUCCAUCCGCUAACACUGGCAACCUUUUGAAACUUCGAGAACAGUUAAAGCCAUUGCUGCAAUACAUCGAGACCAUUAUUCCAGAUCUCAUAUACUGUUUUCACUACAUGGUGUUUCUCAUAGGAAUUCCCUCUGGGCGAUUCAACAAAGCGAAGCUCGACGAGGAGUUUGGUGACAAAGCAAAAUUUGGAAGUUGUUGGGAAACGUUGGUUAAUGAGAAGGAUUUGAAGGUUUAUAGAAGACUAAUACCUGGUCAGUCUGGGAUGUACGAAUAUAAAUGUGCAGGAACAUAUUACGAUAUCAGCGCAAGUUUUUUCCUUGAUGUACAAAACGAUCUUGCGUAUAGAAAAGAGUGGGAUCGUAAUGUUAUGGCUUUGGAGUUGUUAGAAGAAGAAGAUGAACAUGAGCUGAUCCGUUGGGUUCAGAAAUACCCAUAUCCAUUGCAUCCACGAGAGUACGUUUACACUCGAAGGACAUGGAUUUCCGAUGAUUCUCGAAUGCUUGUAGUUGAUAGUGAAGUUGUUCCGGCUCACUUGGUUCCAGGAGACUCUAAAAACAUACGAGUGGCGACGUACAGGUCCCGAAUGGCUGUACGAUCGCAUAAGGAGUUCGACGAUCAUGGUUUAGAUUAUAUCCUUACUUAUUCCGACAAUCCACAGGCCAAUAUUGCGCGCCCUGUAUACAAUUGGAUGGUCAAUUAUGGAGGACCAUACUUUUUAAAACAGGUCCACGAAGUUGCACGUGAAGCCGAGCGAACACAUCGUUGUCUAAAGUGGACUUCGGAGCGGUUUAGAAGAAUUCGACAGAAGAAUGAAGUACAGCAGUCAACUGUGGCUUCUACAGUGACCAAUAUUCAUCUGCCAAAGGAUACAGAGAUGAAUGAUGAGAACAAGGUGAACGAAAGUGAGCUCGAGGAUGCCUUACCGAUCCCCACAAAAGCUCGGAAGUUCACAUUCACUUCUUUGGAAAGUAUCCCAGUUGAGAUGCAUGUGAAUGCUUAA